UAAAUCAACAUGAGUGUUCAAUUGGAUAUCAUUGUAAGGCCAGAGAUCCGUUUGGAUGCAAAAUGGCUCAAAACAGACUUGAAGCGUUUACUUUAUCGCGAUGGUUUGUCCGAACUUUGGAACGAAAUGAUACGAGAUGGUGAAAUCGUAGGUUCUUUUAGUGAUGGUCUAAUUAAUGCGGCGGGUAUAACAGCUAAAAAAGGUGAAAGUGGCCAUUAUUAUUGUAAUAUGAGAGUGUUGUCAUGUUUAUGUUGCGAUGGUAUUUGCGGUCCACAACAUGGCUGUAACUGUGGACCUUGUCAGAAAUUGGACGAAGAGGAAGCAACAAGAGCAAACGCUCUUGCAGAGAGAACUGCUCCAGUUAGACGCACAAUGAACUCAUGGCUCUGGGGUCCUCAACCAUCCCUGUCAGAUUUAACCGAAUGUAUCGAUUCGUUGAUCGAGGAGCAAAGAAAAUUAUGUCACGAUGUCGCAAACAGUACGUUAUCCUCGACACGAUUGAAACAACGGCUGGUGGUAGCACGCCGUUAUCUGAUGGCCCUCGUGCGUCACAAACCGCAGGAAACCAAAGACAUUCAGACAGCAUCGAAACCUACUACUAAAUUGCAAAAAAUGAUGAGACCGAACGAGAAGGCAACGUUGGGUUUAGCGCGAGUUGGCUCACGCGCCGCCCUAAAUUUUUCAUUCGCUUACUUAAGACGGGCUUGGAGGUCCGGCGAAGACAUCGAGUUUUGCAGCGAGCUUCUCUCGGAAUCGCUGGAAGCUUUGCAAUCGUUGCCGGAAGCGACGCUUUUCGACGAGACGAACGUUUCUCAAGUUUGGCUGGAAGUGGUGGAACGAUCGGCAAAAUUCUUACGACAAGUUGUCACAGGGGACAUAGUGAGCGGAAGAUCGUGGUGCCCUGUACCGUUGACGGAUCAACACACGGCUCUUUGCUUGCUACUGGAAUUGGUUACGCAAAGGGCCACCCUGUCCAAUUUGUUGGACUCUGUUUGUUUGUUACUUCAUCUGAGCGGGAAGCACAAGCAUCAAGACAAUCGUGUAAUGCCGCCUGGAAGCACGGCGCCGUUGAUACCAGUAUUGAGACGGUUGAACACAAUCCCGGCAUCGAAAUCAAGACGAUCGGAUGAAAACGUAGCACCGGGUCCGUGCGAGGUUCUGCUGAAAUACCUGAGGCUACCCGAGGACGAUAGCACGUCCGUUGAUUUACGAAAAGCGGCAGUGAUCAUAAUGUGUAACCUGAGUAGACUGGCCGCGCCUCUGUUGCCGCCGUUGGUGACCGAUCGUUUCCCAAAGAAUCAGAAUCAAACGUUCCAAGAGGUUCUGGCAUGGGGCAGUGUGAAAUUCGGAAACGGCGCGUCCCCGUUUUAUUGCGACGCGAUCGCGGAGCUUGGUAUCAAGCAGCUCUGUUGCACCGAACGAGCUCUGAUGAUUCUGUCGAUCAGCGGCAACGUGUACAUGAUGUAUUACGGAUCGGAGACGCAAUACCCGCAGAGGGUGCACGGUUUCUCGGAUAAACCGGUCACGAUGAUCGCCUCGCACUCGGACGGCAAGCACUAUUUGGCGUUGACGCAAGAGAAUCUUGUCUACUCGUGGGGAAACGGUGACGGCGGACGAUUAGGACACGGCGAUCGUACUUGGUACGACGAGCCAAAAUUAAUCGAGGCGUUGGUCGACAAGAACAUCACCUUUAUAACGUGCGGCAGCACAUAUUCGGCGGCGCUCACGUCGAACGGCGAACUGUACACCUGGGGACGAGGAAAUUACGGUAGACUGGGUCAUGGAAAUUCGGAGGACGUGACGGUACCGAUGUUGGUCACAGGUCUGAACGGUCACAUGAUCGUGUACGUGGCGUGCGGCAGCGGGGACUCGCAUACGUUGUGCGUCACCGCGUCCGGCAUAGUGUUUUCAUGGGGGGACGGUGAUUACGGGAAGCUGGGCAGAGGUGGUUGCGACGGCUCGAAAACGCCGAAGAUCGUGGACAAGUUGUUGGAUAUAAACGUCGCGAAAGUGUAUUGCGGCGGUCAAUUCUCUGCGGCUUUAACCGCCUACGGAGAGGUGUACACAUGGGGAAAGGGCGAGGCUUAUCGUUUGGGCCACGGGAACGAAGAACACGUUGGAUAUCCAAAGGUGAUCGAGGCGUUGAAAACGAAAAAGGUGAAGGACCUGUGCGUGGGUAGCUUGCACGUGCUAGCGUUGACGGAGGAUCAGCUGGUCUAUGCGGUGGCCGAGCCGACACUCUGUCUGACCUUGUCCGGUAAGAACGUGAUAGGAUUGGCAUGCGGGCCGAACCAGAGUUUCGCUUGGUGCACCUCGGCCUGGUCGGUCGCGACCCGAGUAGCCUUCGUCGUGGACGUAUGCGAAGACACGUUUCGGCUUCUGGACGUUCUGUUAAGCAAGACCUGCGAGGGAUUGCCAGGCACGCGGCCGCCCACCCAGGAUCGAGAAUGUUUGGCGGUGGCGGCGUUGAAUUUGCUCCGUUUGCAGCUGCACACCAUGAUCACGCACAACAUUGACGGUAAAGCGGUAGGGCUUGCCGGGACAACGUUGUUAAAUUCGUUGAAGCAACGUUGCGUGCAGCUAGCGAGCGGCACCGGGAUCCUGGCGACGAUUCAAGAGGCGGCGCAGGCGGUUCUUCAAACCGGUUGGAGCAUACUGUUGCCGACCGCGAACGAACGGGCGAAGACCCUCUCGAGCUUUCUGUCGAAAUCGAACGGGAACACGGAGGAUGGGAACGGAACAGAGAAUGGGCAACGAUUCAUGGCCGAUCUACUGGUCUCAAGUUUGAUGGCCGACGGCGGUUUGGAAUUGGCGCUUAGAACCGCGAUCAAAGCGGAGAUGAGCGAGCUGUGCGACGAAAAGGAGUUUCUCGCGAUGAACGCGUCGACGAACGCUAGCAAAUCCAGCGACUCUGUGAAACAGGCAAAAGAACUGAGCUCCGAGAAGAAUAACACCAGUAUCUCGUUGUUGCAGCUGGUGAAACAAUUGAUCAAGAACGGCACGUGUACAACGCAGUCGCGGUUGCAGCAGCAGCAGCAGGAACAGAUUCUUCGCGGUAACGAAGAAUCGUCAGGGCAACAGCGUAACGACGCCUCGCCAAGCCUGAAUCUUCUGUUGAAGUUCCAACGGUUGCUGAUCGCACGGCUCUACGAGUGCGUUCAUCAAUCGCGCACGGAGAAUCUACGGGAUCAGGAGAUGCUCGGCUCGGAAUCGUUGUUCAGCAAGUACAUUACACAGAUAUCGGUGCACGUGACCGAGAUCGCGUUAUCGGCCGCCGAAUUGGCGAACGCUAGCGUCAAGCAAUUUGUGUACGUCUGUACCGUUCUUAAGAACGACAUCGUUCACGUACUGCUCCCUGAACUGGUCACCUGUCUUAUCCUAUUGCAAGUCGAUUAUCCGAUGUUGUUGCUACAGAUGGACUGGAUCGAGAUCCUGGGACCGAUGCUGGAGUCGCUGGAUCGUUUGAACAAACUGAUGCCGGGGAUCGAUAGAAACGAGGCGGACGAGCUUUCCUGGCCGGGCAUCAUAGCUCCGCAACACGGGAACAAAGUCUCGAUCACGGACGAGCCGUCGGUGAUCCGUUGGGCCGAUCUGGAGAAUCAUAAUCGGGACGGUGGUUUAUGGGUGGUGGUGAACAACAACGUGUACGAUGUACAGGACGUGGUACGAUUCGAGACGGCGGCUGGUGCGACAACCGGUAACUCCACCACGGAAGGUAGUCUCUGCGAGAAGACAGGAUUCAGUUGGGACACUGGAAAUCCUUACUCCAGUCACGGUGUGUCGUCAUGGACACGGGGACAACAGCUGCCACCGCGAUCCAUGAUGGAUUCAUAUUUCGUCGGCCAUUAUUGCCACUCGGAGCCUGAGAACGCCGAGAUCACCGUCGAUGCGACGGACGUCUGUUCCGCUUUGCUGGACACCGAACGCGCCCUGGGCUUUCUGUUCGGUCUGCACGCGUACAGAAUGCGCCAGAGCUUGCCGUUGCAACCGGCUGAGGAGGAAUGCGCCACCUGGUUGAACGUGGACAUCUUCAGGGGUGGUUUACAGGUGCUGCAACCGCCGAAUCCGUACGAGGAGGAGAAAGGCGAGGCGAGGAGCAACACCUCGACCGCGGCGAACUCGCCGACCGAACCACCGAUUCCUGUACGGAUCCGAAACGAACCCCAGAAGGAGAAGGACGAUCGUGUCACUGCGUUCACGUACGCUCUCGCCGAAACUCAUAAAACCGAGUCCCAGGUACAGACGUUCUUGACGAUCGUCGAUCGUUACUCGAAGGCGAACAAUCUGUUGGCGCACAUCGAGUUCACGUGCGAUCAUCCGGUCGAGGAGGUCGGUCGACUAUUAAUGGCGGUGAUAAUAAAGCAUCUAGGUCUUGGGUAUCUGGCGAUCGGUUUGAUCGAUCAAGAGACCACCACCGGGAACGGUAAUCACGCGAAAUUACCGAGACCGUUGGCCGACAUGAUUAGAGCGGUGCAUCAGACCAAAUGGAAUCUGAUACGUAUCAGACAGCAACAGAACCGUAGCUACAAGGAGGUGUGCGCUGCCGCCCAAGAGAAAUGCCGAUUUCUUCUGCACGAGGUCAGAUCGGCGACCAGUUACGAGAUCAAGGGGCUACGAGACGCUAAACUGUUGCACACGGUGCCGAGAUUCAAGAGGGCUGUGCGCACGGUGAUACGGGACAUGGUGCGUAGAAACGUAGAGGACAGUACCGCCACUACCACGCCGAAAGAGGCCACUGCCAGACCAUGUCCUGCCUCCCCGUUGAAGCUGGAGAACACCACGGAGAACGGCACACGGAAAACGAUCGGUCGGAUGAUCGAGAGGAUCAAACAGCGACCGUUGAACAUCGACGCCGCCGAACUGAUGGCCAGUAUAAUAAACUUCGUGGUCACGGAGGACAGUGGCGACGUGGAGACGCUACGUCGUGCGAUGUACUGUCAAACGCAACGGGCGAAAUUACGGGAACAGGGGAUCCUGAUGAUGCAACGAUUGCUCGGGAAGGACAGCUUGAUCACAUCGGUGAAAUACACGUUGCUGAACGGUUGGCUGGGUUUGACACACGAGAACAAACGUCUCGGCGUGGGGACGAUCAAUCAUUGCCUGGACAACAUUCGUUCGAUAACACCGUAUCAAAAGUCCCGUAUCAUUCUGGCCGAGGCGGAGGUGACAUCGUGGGCGGUGAAAGCGUUACGGGCGUACGUGGUACAGGCGGAAUUGCCGAGCAAACCGAAGAUCAGCGAUAAGAGCAGCUUGAAUCAAGGAAAGUACACGUGGUUGCGGAAACUGCCCAGGGCUAGAUUCCUGUUGACGAUUCUGGGCAUGUUGACGAACUAUCAGCACUCGAAUGAAAUUGGUCUGUUGAUCAACUCGGGCACAUUGUCCAGCGUUUUGACGUUGCUCAGACAAAUCGGACUCACGGUGCCGGGGACUACGACCUCGUCGAUCGCUGUGGCCGCUGCGACAACGGGAACCGGGACCAAGACCACCGACGAGGUCAAGUCGAAGGACGCGACAACGGCUAUAUACGAGGACACAUUGGAGAAGAGCAAACCGCCCAACGUUCAGCUGACCGGUAUGGAGUUGGCCGCUUUAAUGAAGGUCGGUGUACGCGUGGUACGCGGAGUAGAUUGGAAAUGGGGUGAUCAAGACGGUCCGUCACCCGGAGAGGGUCGUGUGAUCUGCGAGCCUGGCGUAGACGGUUGGGUACGCGUCCAAUGGGAAAACGGGAACACGAACUCGUAUCGUAUGGGCAAGGAGGGCAAGUACGAUCUGAAAUUGGCCGAACCGCCAACACCGCCGGACACCGAUACCGAUGAUCUCGACACGUCCCUCGAUCCCGCGAAAACGGAGAAGGGAACAACAGGGGAAACGUACGGUGACAUACAUCCGACCACGUGUCUGAAAACCGCCUCGGUUAGUCUGCUACGCGUUCUGUUGCUCUGUUGCGGUAUAGUGGCCGACAAGGUGACACCGAGCGCCAUUAAGACACUGGCGUCAGUUUUACGAGGCGUGACCGCGACCGCCCACAAGUCUGAUUCACAUAAAGAGUCAUUAAUGUUGCAGGAAUAUCACGAGAGCUGGGCCAGUCUUAGCUUGCUAAGGGCGAUCGCGAAUUCACCGGAACUGUGUAAAUCAUUGAGCACCAAAGCGUGGAUCGAUUUUCUGUUGGGCGUGAUCGCCGAGGAGAAUAACUCGAACUUGGAGAAGCAGAUAAUGGCGGUACGAUUCCUGACCACCGUUCUACCGUCCUGGUCCACGGACAAUCCUAACGCGAUACCGUUUCUGGAGAGAACGUUUCGUAUAAUAGGUAGGAUCGCGCUCACCUGCGAUCUCAGCUCGACCACCGAACCGUACACGAACAAAUGUCGCGUCUCGUUAACAGCCUCUUAUAGUUCGACGAUCGUCGAGGAGCUUGUCUCGCUGGUCAGAUAUCUGCACACCGUGCCACGAUGGAACGGUACCCUGAACGCGUUUCUAUCGUCGAAAUUGUCCCUGGCAUCGGAUCUGUUGAGCGACGGACCGUUGUUUCAUAUACAGGUGAACGAGAACGGUGGCGAGAAUAGCGUGAGCAUACAGCAAACUGUGAUGGCUGCGUUGGUCGUUAUCGGUGGCCUUGACGACAGACCGAGGAUCGGUGGUCUGGUCGAGCUGGACGGACAAAUCGGUACAAUAUGCAAGUUCACGAGACACGCCAAGGUACUGGUCCAGAUGCACGACAGCGAUACACGAAAGAAGGUUCCGUUCUUUGUGGUGAAACGUAUCGACGAGAAGUUCCGUUUGGAUCGUAUGCCGAUGCCGGACACGUUUCUCUCCACCUGGGCGAAUCUGUUAUUGGGACACCGUGGGAUGGACAAACGACCGAACGGUAUGCCCGUGAUAGCAGGCGCUGUGAACUCAUCCGUUCUCCGGACGCAACAGCAACAGCUCGCGGCGUUGAACGCCGGCAAAACCGUUCUGGAUCAUCAGACGAAAUUAAGGAAGAUCUUGCGGCAACCGAUCAAGAAGAAGAACGAGGUGACGAUGAACGACGACGAUGACGACGAUAAACGCGUGACAUUGUUUCAAGAGAUGUUAGUACGCGCGACUAGACCGCAACCGUUGAAGCCUAUCUUCAAACGCAGGGAACUGGAGGAAGCUGCGUUAACGGUCUCGCAGUAUCUCGCCUCCGAAUUGAGCCAUUCCCCUGUUCAGCGUGUCGGUGGUCAUCUAUCCGAACCCGAUUCACCUGUAUCCGAUUGUUCGUUGGUGUCGUUGACCUCCAGUCAGAAGAAACACUGCCGAAGCAACGGUCGAAAAAGUCCACCGCCGAUGAGCCCAUUGGUGGCGCAGCUCACGGAAAUGGGUUUCCCAAAACGAAGCGUCGAAUUCGCGAUCAAAAGCCUUAGCACCGGUGUCGGUUACAUCACCGCCGAGAGUGUGGUCGCUUGGCUAUUGGAGAAUCCCGAUGCCGCUCUGAGCGACAGCGAAACGAUAUCCAGCGUAUACGGGUUGUCCGAUCCGGAGGACUCGACCAGCGAGAAUAUCGACGAUUCACUGUCAACGCACGACGUUGUCUCGUCGUUGAUGCCGCCUAAUUACAUGAAACGAUCGGACUUUCUCUCGGUGGACGAGUACGCGAUCUACGUGCGCGACAAUCUGACUCCGGGCAUGUUGGUUCGAUGUUGCAAAAGCUACGAGGAGGUCGAAUACGGGGACGUUGGUCAGGUGAUAAAGAUCGAUCCCGAAGGUUUGCACGAUCUGAACGUUCAGGUCGCCUGGCAACGUAAAGGCGGUACGUAUUGGGUGAGGUUCAUUCAUAUAGAACUUCUAGGACAUCCGCCGACGAUACCGGGACCAGCUGCGUUGAAGAUCGGCGACAAGGUCCGAGUUAAAGCGUCCGUGACCGUGCCUAAAUAUAAAUGGGGAUCGGUGAAUCAUCAGAGCGUGGGGAUCGUUACCGGUAUAAUAAACAACGGAAAGGACGUGUCCGUGGAUUUCCCUCAGCAGAGCGGUUGGACCGGUUGCGUGAUAGAGAUGGAAAGGGUACCGUCCUGUCAUCACUCGGUCUCUUGUAAUUCCUGCCAUCUGUUACCGAUCUCGGGGCCUCGGUUCAAGUGCAAAUACUGCGAGAAUUAUAAUCUUUGCGAGAACUGUUUCUACACGAAACGUUGCCAUCGACACGGAUUCAGUCGGAUCGUGGAACCGGGAUCGGCCGCUGUGUACGCCGGUAAGCCUGGAAGGUAUCACAGACAGGAUUUAACGGAGUCAUCGUUGAUCGACGAUUGUUCAAAGUGUAUACGCACGUUGAGCGUGUCGUCGCGCGAGAAUUGGGCGACCAGAUUGCUCGAUUCCGGCAGAUACUGGCAGAGUUUCGGUUUGCAGGGUAAACAUUGGAUACGUUUGGAGAUGUUCCCGGGCGUGUUGGUUCAUUCGUUGAAGAUACUGGUGAACCCGCAGGACGGUAGUUACAUGCCGUCGUUGAUCGGUGUGUCCGUGGGCGAUUCGUUCAGUCGUUUGGUGGAACUGGCGACGAUCAGCGUGCGUCACACGGACACCAGCGUGCUGUUGCUGCACGACACCAAGGAGUAUUAUCCGUACAUCGAGAUCACGAUAAAACAGUGUCGUAACGGGGGUAUCGAUUGCAAGAUACACGGUCUACGUAUUGUUGGUAAGAAAAAGAUCUUUGAGAAUCAACUGGCCACCUCGGUCUCGUUUCUGGCAUCCGACUGGGAGAUCGUGCAGGAACAGAUGUGCACGCAACGGGGCACAGAGGCGUCUCAGCAUUCGGCCGUCUACGUAUGGGGAUUGAACGAUAAAGAUCAACUGGGUGGAUUGAAAGGAUCGAAGAUAAAGUUACCAGUGUACAGCGAGGUUCUCUCGAAAUUAAAGCCAGUUCACAUCGCUGGUGGUAGCAAAACGUUGUUCGUGGUCAGCCAAGAGGGUAAACUGUACGCGUGUGGAGAAGGUACGAACGGUAGACUCGGUUUGGGCGACGACAGCAACGUGGGCGAGCCGAAACCGAUCCCGUUUCUCAGCCAGUACGUGAUCAAAAAGGUGGCGGUUCAUUCGGGCGGUAAGCACGCAUUAGCGCUCACUCAGGACGGCAAGGUAUUCUCGUGGGGCGAGGGAGAGGACGGCAAGCUGGGCCACGGGAAUUGUUUAUCGCUGGACAAGCCCAGACUGAUCGAGGCGUUGAAAUCGAAGAGGAUCCGUGACAUCGCAUGCGGUUCCGGUCAUUCAGCCGCAAUCACCAGCAGCGGGGAGCUGUACACAUGGGGCCUGGGCGAGUACGGUCGUUUAGGCCACGGCGACACGUCGACGCAACUGAAACCGAAACUCGUGCAAUCGUUACUCUGUCAACGGGUGAUACAGGUGGCGUGCGGUAGCAGGGACGCCCAAACGAUGGCGUUAACCGCUGACGGAUUGGUAUAUUCGUGGGGCGACGGGGACUUCGGCAAGCUCGGCCGUGGCGGUAGCGACGGUUGCUAUACACCAUUGCUGAUCGACCGUCUGACUGGAUUAAGCGUCGUGCAGAUCGAAUGCGGGGCACAGUUCUCCCUGGCGUUAACCAAGUACGGCGAGGUGUGGACCUGGGGCAAGGGUGAUUAUUUCCGUCUGGGUCACGGUAACGAUCAUCACGUCCGUAAACCGACGCUAGUCGAGGGACUACGCGGGAAGAAGGUGGUCCACGUCGCGGUCGGUGCUCUCCACUGUCUCGCGGUAACGGACAACGGUCAGGUGUUCGCUUGGGGCGAUAACGAUCACGGACAGCAGGGAAACGGUUCGACUAUCGUGAACAAGAAACCGUCGUUGGUGCACGAGCUGGACGACACAAGAGUGAAUCGGGUGUCUUGCGGCUCCAGUCACAGCAUCGCCUGGGUACUGACCGAUCAGCCGGCAGCUAACAAUCAGGAACCGGUCGCGUUCCCGACCAGCAAGGAUCCUCUUGGUCAGACAUUGCUCAGAUUCAAGAGUACGGUCACGGAUACGGGGGUAUUGUCUAUCACCGGUAUACAACGCAGCAACAACACUCGACCGUCUCUCGCGAGUAUUAUAUUGUCGUUGGAAAGUAACGUCGCUAAACAACAGGCGUUGCAACACGUGAUAAACGCUCUUCGAAUAAUACAGGCGCGUGUAGCGGUGGUGACCUCGUUGCAGAGUCAUUCAACGUUGAGAACAGGUGUUGCAGGUGGCGUUGCCAGCGGUACAGGUGGCGCUGUCAGCGUGCUCGCUGAGGCGACAUCGUCGGCGGACGGAGGAACGAUGAACGAGUCGAAUAUCGGUAACGGGGGAGGACACGCGGUCUACCAAAAUGUCGGGGAUAGCGCUCAAGGGGGUGGUGAGGCACCAGCGAACGUCGCCGAAGUGGUCAAUCUGAUGAGCAACCCGAGAACCAGCCCGGAAUCCGAGGAUUAUCCGUUGACCAUGUUCCCGUCGAUGUCCAGUUCAGCGAGUCUCUCGUCACGAGCCUCGAAGAUGUCAAGCAGCGCGAUGAGCGUGAUCGCGGCGACCUUGACCUCGAACGCUCAAGUGGUCGGCGAUGGUAUCGGCGCCGUGGACCCGGGUCUAGACGAUUUCACGUCCACACUGACCGAGGAGGACGCCAGAAUGCUGGUCGAGUUACUGAAGCUGGCGGUCGCGAAUCGUGUCUGCAAAGGCGCCCGCGAGACGAUAUCGUCGGUGUUGAUCGCACUGGCGAAAACGAAUCAUUUGAUACGAAGCAUGAUACUGGAACUCUGCAUCACCGAGCUGGAGGACACGGUGGCGAAUUCGAAUAACAGGAGCAACAUGCCGCAACCGGUGGUACAGGAGAGCCCGCAUCCGUACAUAGAUGGUACCACGUUGACCGGUCACGUGCGAAUACCCGGCGCGGAAGCGUUACGGGUGGAGUUCGACAGACGUUGCUCCACCGAACGACGACACGAUCCGUUGGCGUUCAUGGACAGCAAUAACCGUGUGCUGGCGGUGAAGUCUGGUCGAGAGUGGAGCGAAUGGGCCGGCGAAAUUCGAAUACCGGGUGACGAAUUGAAAUGGCGUUUCUCGUCGGACGGAUCGUUGAACGGUUGGGGAUGGCGGUUCACGGUGUACCCGGUGAUGGCGCCUCACGAUCUAAUCUCGGACAGGGCGGUUCUUUCGCAGCCGGCGAUCGGUCUCGCCGAGUCCCUAUUGGACAACAGUUUGAUCGGUCUGGACAAGAACGUCGCGACCAGAUUGGCUGCCACGUUGGCCCAGUGCAGUCAGCUGAGCGUGUUGUCCGCCCAGCAACGUAUGUGGGCCCUCAGAAAGUUACAGGUGGUGUACACCACCGGGCCUGGUAUACGACCGGAGAUCGCGCUCUCCUCGUUGCUCGGCUCGUUGCCGCAAGCGUUGCUGAAACAGUACGCGUACGAAGACCCGUUGGUCAGAGGCGGGAAACAAUUGAUGCACAGCGAUUUCUUUAAAGUCUUGGUCGCGCUCGCCUCCGACAUCGAGCUGGACGGGAUGCAGUGUUGCACGGAGAUACACAAAUGGUCCUGGUUCCGUAGGUACUGCCUGUCCGCAAGGGUCGCCAAAGCUCUGGUGAACCGUACACCAUUGCCACGCGCGUUCUGCUUAGAAGUUACCAAACGGAUCGCCGAGAUGAGCACCGACGGGGAAGGUACCAGCAACGAGCACGAGAGCCACGAGCUGUUCAAGCAGGAACACGACGAACAGCUGUUGCAGUGGUUGAAUCGUCGACCGGAAGAUUGGACGUUAUCGUGGGACGGAUCCGGGGCGAUUUACGGCUGGGGGCAUAAUCAUCGGGGCCAGUUGGGCGGUCUGGAGGGUGCCAAGGUGAAAUUGCCGGUUCUAUGCGAAAGUCUGUCCGCUUUAAGGCCGAUCCAACUCACCGGCGGGGAGCAAACAUUGUUCGCCGUUACUGCUGACGGAAAGGUCUAUGCGACUGGGUACGGUGCUGUCGGACGUCUCGGGAUCGGUGGAACCGAUUCCGUAAUGGUGCCUACACUUUUGGAGUCCAUCCAGCACGUGUUUGUGAAGAAAGUCGCGGUGAACUCGGGCGGUAAACACUGUCUUGCGUUGAGCUCCGAGGGUCACGUCUACUCCUGGGGCGAGGGGGACGACGGGAAAUUGGGCCACGGUAACCGAGCGUCGUUCGACCGGCCGAAAUUGGUCGACGAGCUACUGGGCACCGAGAUCGUGGACAUAGCCUGCGGCGGCAACCACAGCGCGGCGAUAACCAGUACCGGUUGGCUGUACACCUGGGGAAAAGGCCGUUACGGACGUCUCGGCCACGGGGACAGCGAGGACCAAUUGACGCCGAAACUGGUGGAGGCGUUGCAGGAUUACAAAGUGAUCGACGUCGCUUGCGGUAGCGGGGACGCUCAAACCCUGUGCGUCACCGACGACGACAACGUGUGGAGUUGGGGCGACGGUGAUUACGGGAAACUGGGCAGAGGCGGUAGCGACGGCUGCAAGGUCCCCGUGAAAAUCGAGUCAUUGGCAGGCCUUGGGGUCGUUAAAGUCGAAUGCGGCAGUCAAUUCUCGGUGGCUUUGACGAGAUCGGGGGCGAUUUAUACAUGGGGUAAAGGAGAUUAUCAUCGGUUGGGUCACGGUACGGACGAUCAUGUGCGCAGACCCCGGAAGGUAGCGGCGCUUCAAGGAAAGAAAAUCAUAUCUAUAGCGACCGGCUCGUUGCAUUGUGUCGCGUGCUCCGACAAGGGAGAAGUGUUCACCUGGGGGGACAACGACGAAGGCCAACUGGGAGACGGUACGACGAGCGCCCUUCAAAGACCGAGGCUGGUACGGGCGCUUCAAGGUGAAAAAAUCACGCGUGUCGCGUGCGGUAGCGCGCACACAUUGGCGUGGAGCACCACGAAAGCGACGCAAACGAAAAUGCCCGCCGUGACACCGAUGGAGUACGAUCUAGUCAAGGAUUUACCGUUUCCUGUGCUGCACAACCGGCUGGUAUUGUUGCAUCAUUUCGCGGAGCUGCUGUGCCCGUGUUUGCCGAUGUUCCCGAUCACCGGCUCACUCAGCCUGAGCAAACUGGCCCCGAUACUGGUGUACAGUAUCAAAGAGGCGACCUUUCGUAAAGUGGUGCAAGCGACGAUGGUCAGGGAUCGGCAACACGGGCCGGUGAUAGAGCUGAAUCGGAUACAGGUGAAACGAGCCCGUGGCAAGGGUGGAUUGGCUGGACCGGACGGUAUCAAGUCGGUCUUCGGUCAGAUGGUCUCGAAGCUGUCGUUGCUCACGCAAGACGUCCUCUUCUUUCCGCAUAGGGUCUGGAAGGUGAAAUUCGUCGGAGAGAGCGUGGACGAUUGCGGCGGUGGUUACAGCGAGAGUAUAGCGGAGAUGUGCGACGAGCUGCAAAACGGGUCUCUACCGUUGUUCAUACCGACCCCGAAUGGCCGCGACGACAACGGCACCAACAGGGAUUGCUUUCUGUUGAAUCCGACCGCCGACUCACCGUUGCACAUGAACAUGUUCCGUUUCCUCGGGAUAGUGAUGGGUAUAGCGAUACGUACCGGUAGCCCGUUAAGCUUGAAUCUGGCGGAGCCCGUGUGGAAACAGCUCGCCGGUAGCUCGUUGACGCCAGCCGAUUUAACCGAGGUGGACAGAGACUAUGUACCCGGUUUGCUGUGCAUCCGGGACAUGGACCCGGACGAGAAAGUGUUCCAGACCCUCGAGAUGCCGUUCUCCACGCCAUCCGCAGUCGGACACGAUGUACCUCUUUCGAAUAGGUAUCAGAAGAUCACACCGGCGAACAAGCACGAGUACGUACGAUUGGCCUUGAACUAUAGACUUCACGAAUUCGAUACACAAGUGGCCGCCGUUCGCGAGGGAAUGUCAAAAGUCAUUCCUGUGCCGUUCCUCGCGUUGUUCAGCGGAGCGGAAUUGGAAACGAUGGUCUGCGGUAGCCCGGACAUACCACUUACCUUAUUGAAGUCCGUCGCAACUUACAAAGGCAUCGAGACGAGCGCGCCUCUGAUACAGUGGUUCUGGGAGGUAAUGGAAGAAUUCUCGAACCAAGAGAGAUCUCUGUUCCUUCGAUUCGUCUGGGGCAGAACCCGCUUGCCGCGCACGAUCGCCGACUUCCGGGGACGAGAUUUCGUACUGCAGGUGAUGGACAAGUACAAUCCGCCUGAUCAUUUUCUUCCUGAAAGUUACACGUGCUUUUUCCUCUUGAAAAUGCCACGGUAUUCGUGCAAGUUGGUGCUAUGCCAGAAAUUGAAAUACGCGAUACAUUUCUGUAAAAGUAUCGACACCGACGAGUAUGCACGCGUCCAAGCUGCUACCAAUUCGGACACCGAGGAAGUUGAGAGUAUAGGCAGCGAGGAGUUCACUUCGCUUUAACGAAACCCGGGUUCGACCUCUAUUUCAAUAAAGACUCGAUCGAAUUUCGUCGAUAUAUGGAUCUCGUCAUGUGAUCGUAUAUCCUAUAUAUACGAAAUUUGAUUAUAUUUAUAUAUACAUACAUAAAUCUACGUUUCACUCUUACAUCGUAUCGUUCGUAAGUACUAACGUUCCCUUUUAUCAACGAAACAAUUUAUCCGUACCAAAAUGAAGUUCUACCAAUUACGGUUCAAUCGAUUCUAAUGAACCGUUUAUGCUCUACACGUUGUGUUUUUUCGGAGACUAGACUAAAGAUCAUUCGAUUCGAUUAAUCAAGUCAUGCAUUCGAUUAUAAUAGCCCAACGACGGAUACCGUUUUUAUCAGCAACGCACGAU